AUGGAAUUAUGUUAACUGCUACCAAAUCAGUUCAAUAAAAGUAUAAAUCUUUCAUCAAAAUAAAUAAUCAGAAUUGGAAAAUUAGUUUAAAACUCACCAUUUCUAAAUUUAUAACAUCUACAUAUUAGUCAUAAUAAUAUAUCUAAUUUGGAUGGAAUUGAAUAAUUCAAAUAGUUAAAAAGUUUAUCACUAUCAAAUAAUCAAAUAGUUGAUAUCAAUGAAUUAAAUAAAGUUAAUAAGAAUAUCUAAUACUUAUCUAUCCAUACUAAUCCAUUUACUGUUUAUGAUUAUCAUGAUGUAUGUUAUCAUCUAUUUUAAUAACUUAAAAGACUUGAUGGAAUGGUAGUAGAUAUGAGAAUAGUUAAAUCUCAAAGAAUUUAAGCUGAAAUUGUUUCAAGAUGGCUAAUUCCAUGGAUAUAUAAACUUAACAACUAAAUGUUAAAUAUAUAAAAAGUAUUAUCUUUAAGAACUGCAACCAAAGAGAUUGAUUAAAGAUCACAAUUAAACGUUGUAUCCAAUGAUCUCUUGUUAUAAAUAGAUUGGUAAUUUAUUGAUACUAUGUUAUCAUUCCUUAAUUCAUCUAAUCUUUAGAAUUUUUCCAAAUUACUUCAAUCAAUCUAAUAUAAUUAAGAACUUGAUUAAGAAUAAACUAAAUAAAUGAAGAAAUUACAUUAUGAAACAUUUCAAGAUGUCAUUAAAUUGUAAUCUUCCAAUCAUUAUUCUGCAUUUAUUGAUUACUUGAUAAGAUUAAAUGAUGGAGAUAAAACUAAUUAUUAUAAAGUAUUUCUCAACAUACAAAAACCUUAAUUGCAUAUCUCCUCUGAUUUAUACACUAAAGAUGAUGAUCUUAUUAUUCAAGAUCAACCUUAAAAAAUAAAUUAGACAGUACCAAUAUUUCUAAAAGAUAAAAUCAAAUGUUAAGAAGUCAUAUCCAAUACAUAUAGAAAAUAAAGGAUAAUCCCUAAUUAUGAGAAAGAAUUAUUCUUCCAAUAUUUUCCAGUCUUUCCUUUUCGCCAAGAAUAUAUACAAUCAAUCCUAUAAAUUGCCACAUUAAAAUUAAUUGAACUUAAAAAUCUGGUCUCCUAAGUUGCCUAUCUAAAAUAAACUAUUAUCCAAAGUGUUCCUUAGAGUGUACGUACAUUACGUAAAAAAUAGAAAGUACUCUAAUCUGAAGAACCAGCACCUGAAAAAUUAAAUUUAAAACCUUCAAAACUUGAAAUAUCCCCAAGAGAAGAAUAAGUUUAAUCUCUUGAUGAACAUAAACCAAUUAUUAAGAAUUAUUGUGAUGUUAAAUAUGAGAUUUUAAAAUAAAGAAAAGGAUAGUCUUUAACUACUAUAUUAAAUAAGAUAUUUAAAAGAAGAAUCAAAAGAUUUUUCAAUAGAAUUAAUAAUGUAGAAUAAGAAAAUACUAGAUUUUUAGAUUAUCCUUAAAUUGUCUAUUUAUCUAGUUUAUUUUAUGCUAUGAAAAGAGUUUUAGAAUAAAAUAAGUAAAAAAGGUAACGAUAAUAAAAUAAGAGAUUAAUGAAUUUGGGUUUUCAAUGUUUAAAACUAGUGAAAUAUAUUAAAUAGAAAGAAUAUAAAUAAGUUAAUAAAGGAUAUUAAAUUAUUUAAAAAUUAUAUUUUAAAAGAUUAGUUGAUGGAAUUAGGAGUAUAAAACAUUUAAUCUCUUAUUAAUAAAAAACAUAAAAAAUUUAACCAUUUAAAUUAAUGUUAAAAUAGGCUUCAUUUAAAAAUAGUAUGGAAACCAUAAAAUUAAAAAAUUAUAAUGAUGAAAAUAAAGAAAAUCUAAAACUUUGUAGUGUAUGCACCUAUUAAUUUUGA